AUGGAUAUCGUUCUUGAAAUUUGUGACUACUUUCUUUUUGAUAAAGUCUAUAGUAAAGUUUUCCCUAAAAACGGAGCAGCUCAUGAAUUUGUUAAAAAUUCACCAAUUAUUCAAUCAUUAUCCAAUAUUCAACUCCCAAAAGCUGAAAUUUUAGAUUCAUUUUCUACAAAUUCAACUAUCUUAUCAUCUUCAUCAACUUCAAAUUUCUCCCUUGCAAAUGUAAAUCCAGCUAAUAUCCCAAAUUAUUUAUUAACAAAAAUUGCAAAUUAUCAAGAUAAAUCAGAAAUCUACGGUUUAGCUCCUACUUUUUUGCCUGCUGGUGAUUAUUUCGAUAGUUCAUUCUUAGCAAGAUCUAAUAUUUUCAGGGAAUUCUUAUCCCUUUUCAUAGUUACUACUAUUUUUGGUUGGGUUUUAUAUUUCCUUGUUGCUACUUUAUCUUAUAUGUUUGUUUUUGAUAGAAAUAUUUUCAAUCAUCCAAGAUAUUUGAAAAAUCAAAUGUCUUUGGAAAUCGGUUUGGCAACUAGAGCCAUUCCAGUUAUGGUUUUAUUAACUUGUCCUUUCUUUAUGAUGGAAUUGCAUGGUUUUUCAUUCCUUUACUACAAUAUUGAUGAAUCUACUGGUGGUUAUAAGGCACUUUUAUGGCAAUUUCCUAAAUUUAUUUUAUUUACUGAUUGUGGUAUUUAUUUCCUUCACAGAUGGUUACAUUGGCCAAGUGUUUAUAAAGCUUUACAUAAACCACAUCAUAAAUGGAUUGUUUGUACUCCUUUUGCAUCCCAUGCUUUCCAUCCAGUUGAUGGUUUUUUCCAAUCUUUACCAUAUCAUAUCUAUCCAUUAUUUUUCCCAUUACAUAAAGUUUUAUACUUGUUUUUGUUCACUUUUGUCAAUUUCUGGACUGUUAUGAUUCAUGAUGGUAAUUAUUGGUCAAAUGAUCCAGUUGUCAAUGGUACUGCUUGUCAUACUGUUCAUCAUUUAUAUUUCAACUAUAACUAUGGUCAAUUCACCACUUUGUGGGACAGAUUAGGUAGAUCUUACAGAAGACCAGAUGAUUCUUUGUUUGUUAGACAACAACCAAAAGAAAUUGAAAAGAAAGUUUGGAAGCAACAAACUAAAGAAAUGGAAGAAAUUAGAGGUGAACUUGAAGGUAAAGUUGAUGACAGAGAAUAUGUCUCUGAAGAAUAG